CUUUUUCUGCAACAACAAUAAUUGAGAGCUUCUCUGCCUCUCCAUUUCUCACUUUCCGUUUCUCUCUCUAAACUUUCUCUGUCUACUCACCCAACCUACUUAUACAUUUCAGUAAGUAGUUGCCAAUACAUAUCAACCCAUCUCUUGCUUUUGGCUUGAUUGGCUUUCUAUUUUCCUCUGAUGCAUAACGAGAAAACAGAGCGUGUGUGAAGCAGGCCCUACUUUGUACUUCCCUUCCCUCUUUGGCUCUUGGAAUUACUCCAAACCCACCAAGCCACCAACCAUCCUCUGUUUUUUACUCCUAUUUUCCCCCAUCUUCCAUUUUGAAAUCCUCUGCCCUCUUUUACCCAUGCCCAUCACGUCCUCUCACAGUUAAAAGAGUAAUUACCUGAAAAAAGACUACAUGCCAUUUUGGAGGCUUCUCCCUGAAACCAUCACUAAUUGAAACUUCAAAAGGAAGAAAAACAAAUGGCGGAUAGAGACCCGGAUUUCUAUUCCCAUAAAUCCCCCUCAUCUUCGCAGGUAAUAGAAGAGCUGAAAGAGCUAUGGCUCAUGGCGUUGCCGACCACAGCCACGAACUUCAUGGCCUUUUUUCGGUCAGCGGUGUCGGUUUUGUUCUUGGGACGCCUCGGCAGCCUAGAGCUGGCCGGAGGAGCGCUGUCCAUCGGCUUCACCAACAUAACAGGGUACUCUGUUCUGGCCGGCCUUGCCUCAGGGCUGGAACCGGUGUGCAGCCAAGCCUACGGUUGCAAAAACUGGGACCUUCUCUCGCUCUCCCUCCAGCGCAUGAUCUUCAUACUGUUGCUAGCCAUCAUACCCAUCAGCCUCUUGUGGGUGAACAUGGAAACCAUCAUGGUUUCGAUGGGGCAGGACAAGGACAUCACCGCAAUGGCGGCGACCUACUGCAUCUACUCCCUACCAGACCUUUUCACAAACACUUUGCUGCAGCCGCUGAGGGUUUUCCUAAGGUCGCAGCGGGUGACGAAGCCGAUGAUGUACUGCUCCCUAUUGGCGGUGGCUUUCCAUGUGCCACUUAACAUAUUGCUGGUGGUGGUGAUGGGGCUCGGGGUGCCGGGGGUGGCGAUGGCGUCUGUGCUGACGAACCUGAACAUGGUGAUGCUUAUGGUGGGGUACGUUUGGUGGGUGGGGCGGAAGGGAGGGGAGAUGAGAUGGAGGGGCGGGAAUGGGAUCGAUCUGAAAGAUGUGUGUUGGGGUGGUGUGGGUCCCUUGCUACAACUGGCGGUGCCGAGCUGUCUGGGGAUGUGCUUGGAGUGGUGGUGGUACGAGAUUGUGACGGUGAUGGCUGGGUACUUGCCGAAUCCAACUCUCGCUGUCGCCGCCACUGGGAUUCUCAUUCAGACCACUAGCAUGAUGUACACUGUCCCCAUGGCCCUCGCUGGCUGUGUCUCUGCCAGAGUUGGGAAUGAUCUCGGAGCUGGCAAGCCAUACAAAGCCAAGCUAGCAGCGAUGGUUGCUUUGGCAUGCGCCUUUGUGAUUGGCAUUAUCAACGUGACAUGGACGGUGAUCCUUAGAGAAAGAUGGGCUGGUCUCUUCACAAAAGAUGAGCUUGUCAUGGCAUUGGUUGCCUCGGUUAUGCCCAUCAUGGGGCUCUGCGAGCUCGGCAAUUGCCCGCAAACCACCGGGUGCGGUGUCCUCCGCGGCACUGCACGGCCAGCCGUGGGCGCCCGUGUCAACUUGGGGUCGUUUUACUUCGUCGGCAUGCCUGUGGCCGUUGGCCUAGCCUUCUCGCUGAAAUUCGGGUUCAGCGGGCUGUGGUUCGGCCUCCUCUCUGCUCAGGUGGCUUGUGUUGUCUCAAUCCUCUAUGUUGUGCUUGCCCGCACGGAUUGGGAGGCUGAAGCUACCAAGGCCAGGAAGCUUACCGGGUUAGAGAUGAAUAAAUGCAAUGGGGUUCAUGUUGAAGAAUGUGAGAAAGACGAAGAGAGGAAAAGGUUGUUGGUAAAUGGAAAUCACAACAACAACAACAACGUACAUGAUGUUUGCUAGAGAAAUUAGCAUCAGCAUGCAGAGAAAUGAGAAUGUAUGGGGGAUGUUGUUGGGUUUUGGGAUGUGUUUGUUUUUUUGUUGGUUAGUUGGUUUGUGGGUUGCUGUUCAAUAUUUGAUGGGGGUUGUGUCAUGGAACUGUUUUGUUAGCCGACUGAGUCACUCCCCAUGCAAGUGUUACAUAUUUUUAAGAAA